AUGGGUCAAACGAGCAACACUGAUGGAGGAGGCCCAUCAGUCAGCUAUACGGCGGAAGCGACAGAAGGAAUUGUACCCUCAAGUGACAUCGGUAACGACGGUUCCGUCGUCAUCUCCGUUGCCUCUGGCGGUGCCGGAAGUGCCGGUGUUAGUAAUACUACCAUUAGUAACAUUGGCACCGAAAGUAACACUGUUGAUGGCAAAAGCGCAGUACCACCGCUUUGCAGCGCCGGAUGCAGCAGUAGUGGCAGUAGUUGCAGUAGCAGUAGCAGCAGCAGCAGUAGCAGCAGCAAUAGCAGUAAUGGCGGUGGAGGCAUUAGCAACAGUAAUGGUGCUGCUGCGGCGAUAGCUUUGGCCCUGAACCAGCAGUCUGCCAAUGUUCCGGUGGGGUCGUCUGCGGCGGCGGCUGCCGCUGCGGUAGUGGCCCUUGUGGGUAGACCAUUGAUGGAAGAGUACAUUAAGAGCGAUGCGGCCGGGGUAGGGUUUCCAUUGCCGGUUUCUCAACCAUCGUCCCCAAUGGGCAGUUGUCUGAAAGGAGAAGGAUCUUCCCAACAACAACAUCUCGUGUCAUCGUUGCAGCUGCAAUCUCAAAGUCAAGCGCUAUCGCUACACCAGCACCAUCAGCAAACGGCCGCACUGCCUCUGCUUUCUCCAAAAUCGCCGCCGUGCGACGAUCAACCGUGCGACCUACGGAUGCUGACCCCGACCACCUACUUGCGGGAGUUUGCUGGUGCGGUGAAACCUGAGUCGAUUGCCGCUGCCGCUGCAGUUGCGGUUCAGCUUGCUGCUUCAGCUAACACCGGCAGUGCGAGCACAACGGCUGCCCUGCCCAUACCGAUGUUCAAGGGUAUGAGCAUGACGACGCCACCACCCCAACCGGGUGCAAUGCCUUCGCCGAUCGUCGGCGAUGGAUUGUCGAUGGAACUUUACGGAUCACAAAUGGAUAUUGUGAAGGAAGAGGAGAAAAUUACCGACUCGAUCAUAGCGGAUUCCGCAGUGCACGUAUCUGACCAGGAUGGAGAAAACGAAUAUCCUGUCGACGAGGAUGAAAUGGUCGCUAAAAUACAUUCAACUUUGCAUCAAUUUGAAGCGAACGAUGGGAAUGUUACAACGGCCGCCUCGUUGUUUGAAGAGUCGUUAGGUUUGUCGUUCGGCUCGUCCAUCAGUGUCGUCGGUGGAAGUGCAAAUCAAACUCAUCAGCAAGGUUCCCUGAACGAUGACAUUGCGUUGAUGGUUGGACGUCCGGAUGGAGAUGGUUACUUCCAUUGUCCGGCGGAUUCAUGUGAUCGGAAGUACAAAAUAAAGUAUUCGUUGCUCCGGCAUUUGCGCAACGAAUGCAACGCUGAUCGACGCUACUCUUGUCCGAAGUGCGAUAAGAGGUUUUCCUACUCGUUUAUCCUAAAUCGUCAUCUGCUGAAGGUGCACAAAGAGAGUCCCGGUUACUAUUGAGAGGCUUGCGGCGUGUUACAGGAACGGGGGGAACUGUUAACGAAUGUUGACUAGUGACAACUAUCAAUAAGAGUGAAAAAAUAUAGAUGAAAUAGAACGAUCAGUUGCCACAUUCCUGUAGCAAAAAAAAGAAAAAGAAUCUACUAAAAAUUCGUCCCGACCAAGUAUUUGUUUUUGACAUUGUACUCGUGAUAUUUGUUUAAUAUUUUCGAAAAAAAAAUCUUACUUGCGGACUUUCUCAUUGUUUUUUUUUCUUUCUCUGCUAUGCAUUUUUAUCAAACUUUUGUGAGACUGCAUGUUUUAGAAUAGAAAGCAAGAGAGAAAAUCAUAGGCAUUGGGCAUAUACAGCGCAAAUAAUAUGGGCAGGGUCUUGUGUAGAUCGAUCGUGCAUCGGUGAUGAUGAGAUAGAUAGCAUAUACCUAUAAGAAAUGACUAAAGGAAAAACUUCAUCAUGGCACCAUAUUAGCGUUUUUCGCUUAAGGUUU